GUGAAAUGUGAAAGUGACAAGCAUGUUUAAAUGAAUAUAAAUGAAUAGUGACUUCGCAAGCAUCGGGACACAUCAAUUUAACCAAAUUAUGGAGUAUCUCAUUUAACAAAACAUCAACAACUACGGUAGUUUCUGAUUACUUUGAUAUUUUGUGAGGUUACAAACUUUUUACAUAAUGUGCGACAAGGUUAUAAAAAUUGGUUCCCGAAAAAGUGAGCUUGCAUUGAUUCAAACCAGAUAUGUAAUGCAUCAACUUCAAACUUUAUACCCCGAAAAAAAAUUUGAAAUUCAUACCAUGACCACCGUUGGCGACAGGGUUCUAAACGUGUCACUGCCAAAAAUUGGUGAAAAAUCUUUAUUUACUAAGGAUCUAGAAGAUGCCUUAACAACCGGCGUUGUUGACUUUGUUGUACACUCAUUGAAAGAUCUUCCUACAUCCUUACCGGACGGUAUGGCAAUUGGAGCAAUUUUGGAAAGGGAGGAUCCGUGUGAUGCCCUUGUCUUAAGAAAAGAGUUUAAAGGUAAAGAAUUGAGUACCUUACCAGACGGCAGUGUUAUUGGUACUUCCAGCUUAAGACGUUCAGCACAAUUAUCAGCCCAGUAUCCAAAUCUUAAAGUGUGUGAUGUGCGUGGAAAUUUAAACACAAGAAUAGCAAAACUAGAUGCAGCAGAUUCACGCAUGACCGGCCUCCUUCUUGCAAAGGCUGGUUUAUGCAGAAUGGGCUGGCACCAAAGAAUAGACGAAACAUUAGAUAGUACAACUUCUCUAUAUGCUGUUGGACAAGGUGCACUCGCUGUCGAAUGCCGAGCUUAUGACUCUGAUAUGAUUGAAUUGAUUGCACCACUUUCUCACGAAAACACUGUAUUGCGGGUACUGGCUGAAAGAAGCUUUUUGAAACGACUAGGAGGCGGUUGCAGUGCACCUGUUGCAGUCUCAACAAUUUUACAUAAUUUGGAUACAAAAAGCGAGUUAGAAAUUAGAGGUGCUGUAUGGAGUCUUGAUGGUAAAACUAAGAUUGAAGAUGUUUUAAAAAUAUCACUACAGGAUAGUGAUAUAGACCGGAAACCGUCUGAAGAAAUAGUUGUAAGUCCAAAAAGAGCUAAAGUUGAUGAUUCGGACAAAGAGAGUGUUGAAGAUAAAGAAAAUGCAGAAGAUGUCAAAAGUUGUGACAGUUGUGUCUUAAGUAUUUUACCAAUCGGACAAGAUUUCAUGGGUCAAUGUCCGUACCUAGAAGCCGGUCACCACAACAAAGUAAUCGGAAAAUGCCCAUACAAAAUAUCUGAUAAAGAAUCAAGCGAAAACUGUAGUACUGAAAAUAUAGAUAUCACCAAAUCUGUUCCAGAAGAUAUACUUAAUUUAUGCCCAUUCUUUAACAAAAAUAAAUCCCAUCCAAUAAAUACUGUAAAAGACAAUAUUAAAGACAUAACAAAAAGUACAAACGUUAAAUUAUUUUGUGGAAUAUUGUUACAAAACAAUAUUGAUCAAAUACUCAUGGAAAAGUGUGAGAGUUUAGGAAAUCAAUUGGGUGACGUUUUAAUUAAAAACGGGGCUUUGGAUGUUAUUAAAAGUGCUCAAGCGCAUAUAAAAGCGACCAGCUAAAUAGAAUAUAUCAAAUAUGGGGCCUUGAGUGUAAAUAAAAAUGCUCAGAUAGAAA